AUGGUGACCUUUCUGAUGAUCCUGAGAGAACAGAACAAGGACAUAUUUUCCCAGCUUCAAAACAUUAACAGAGCACUGGAGCAGACCAACGACCCUCCACCAGAAGAGUCUGGUGACCCCUAGACAACCCCUGGUGACCCUCUAGACGACCCCUGAUGACCCCUAGACAACCCCUGGUGACCCACUAGACAACCCCUGGUGACCCACUAGACGACCCCUGGUGACCCACUAGACAACCCCUGGUGACCCACUAGACGACCCCUGGUGACCCCCUAGACGACCCCUGGUGACCCCCUAGACAACCCCUGGUGACCCCCUAGACAACCCCUGGUGACCCACUAGACAACCCCUGGUGACCCCCUAGACAACCCCUGGUGACCCCCUAGACGACCCCUGGUGACCCCCUAGACGACCCCUGGUGACCCACUAGACAACCCCUGGUGACCCCUAGACAACCCCUGGUGACCCCCUAGACAACCCCUGGUGACCCCCUAGACAACCCCUGGUGACCCCUAGACAACCCCUGGUGACCCACUAGACAACCCCUGUGACCCCCUAGACAACCCCUGGUGACCCCCUAGACCCCUGGUGACCCCUAGACGACCCGGUGACCCCCUAGACAACCCUGGUGACCCCCUAGACAACCCCUGGUGACCCCCUAGACAACCCCUGGUGACCCACUAGUAACCCUGGACCCCUAGACCCCUGGUGACCCCCUAGACGACCCCUGGUGACCCCCUAGAUGACCCCUGGUGACCCCCUAACCAACCCCUGGUGAUGGGAUCUAGAGGCUGAACUCAGGACAAAUGGGGACCUAAAAAGAAAACUGAUCAAAUCAAAUGGUAUUUGACACAUGGUGUAGACUAUAACCCUAACCCAAAUGGUAUUUGUCACAUGGUGUAGACUAUAACCCUAACCCAAAUGGUAUUUGUCACAUGCACCGAAUACAACAGGUGUAGACCUUACAGUGAAAUGCUUACUGUAAAGUAAGGUAGCUUACUGGGCGGCAGGUAGCUUGGUGGUUAAGAGCGUUGUGCCAGUAACCGAAAGGUCGCUGGUUCUAAUCCCCGAGCCGACUAGGUGAAAAAUCUGUCUGUGCCCUUGAGCAAGGCACUUAACCCUAAUUGCUCAUGUACAGUGGGGAAAAAAGUAUUUAGUCAGCCACCAAUUGUGCAAGUUCUCCCACUUAAAAAGAUGAGAGGCCUGUAAUUGUCAUCAUAGGUACACGUCAACUAUGACAGACAAAAUGAGAAAAAAAAAUCCAGAAAAUCACAUUAUAGGAUUUUUAAUGAAUUUAUUUGCAAAUUAUGGUGGAAAAUAAGUAUUUGGUCAAUAACAAAAGUUUCUCAAUACUUUGUUAUAUACCCUUUGUUGGCAAUGACACAGGUCAAACGUUUUCUGUAAGUCUUCAAAAGGUUUUCACACACUGUUGCUGGUAUUUUGGCCCAUUGCUCCAUGCAGAUCUCCUCUAGGGUAGUGAUGUUUUGGGGCUGUCGCUGGGCAACACGGACUUUCAACUCCCUCCAAAGAUUUUCUAUGGGGUUGAGAUCUGGAGACUGGCUAGGCCACUCCAGGACCUUGAAAUGCUUCUUACGAAGCCACUCCUUCGUUGCCCGGGCGGUGUGUUUGGGAUUAUUGUCAUGCUGGAAGACCCAGCCACGUUUCAUCUUCAAUGCCCUUGCUGAUGGAAGGAGGUUUUCACUCAAAAUCUCACAAUACAUGGCCCCAUUCAUUCUUUCCUUUACACGGAUCAGUCGUCCUGGUCCCUUUGCAGAAAAACACCCCCAUGCUUCACAGUAGGUAUGGUGUUCUUUGGAUGCAACUCAGCAUUCUUUGUCCUCCAAACAUGACGAGUUGAGUUUUUACCAAAAAGUUAUAUUUUGGUUUCAUCUGACCAUAUGACAUUCUCCCAAUCCUCUUCUGGAUCAUCCAAAUGCACUCUAGCAAACUUCAGACGGGCCUGGACAUGUACUGGCUUAAGCAGGGGGACACGUCUGGCACUGCAGGAUUUGAGUCCCUGGCGGCGUAGUGUGUUACUGAUGGUAGGCUUUGUUACUUUGGUCCCAGCUCUCUGCAGGUCAUUCACUAGGUCCCCCCGUGUGGUUCUGGGAUUUUUGCUCACCGUUCUUGUGAUCAUUUUGACCCCACGGGGUGAGAUCUUGCGUGGAGCCCCAGAUCGAGGGAGAUUAUCAGUGGUCUUGUAUGUCUUCCAUUUCCUAAUAAUUGCUCCCACAGUUGAUUUCUUCAAACCAAGCUGCUUACCUAUUGCAGAUUCAGUCUUCCCAGCCUGGUGCAGGUCUACAAUUUUGUUUCUGGUGUCCUUUGACAGCUCUUUGGUCUUGGCCAUAGUGGAGUUUGGAGUGUGACUGUUUGAGGUUGUGGACAGGUGUCUUUUAUACUGAUAACAAGUUCAAACAGGUGCCAUUAAUACAGGUAACGAGUGGAGGACAGAUGAGCCUCUUAAAGAAUAAGUUACAGGUCUGUGAGAGCCAGAAAUCUUGCUUGUUUGUAGGUGACCAAAUACUUAUUUUCCACCAUAAUUUGCAAAUAAAUUCAUAAAAAAUCCUACAAUGUGAUUUUCUGGAUUUUUUUCUCUCAAUUUGUCUGUCAUAGUUGACGUGUACCUAUGAUGAAAAUUACAGGCCUCUCUCAUCUUUUUAAGUGGGAGAACUUGCACAAUUGGUGGCUGACUAAAUACUUUUUUUCCCCACUGUAAGUCGCUCUGGAUAAGAGCGUCUGCUAAAUGACUAAAAUGUAAAUGUAAAAAUGUACAAGCCUUUAACCAACAAUGCAGAUUUAAGAAAAUAGAGUUAAGAAAAUAUUUACUAAAUAAACAAAAAAAAGAAGAUAAAAAAUGGCACAAUAAAAUAACAAUAACAAGGCUAUAUACAGGGGCUACCGGUACCGAGUCAAUGUGCUGGGCUACCGGUACCGAGUCAAUGUGCGGGGCUACCGGUACCGAGUCAAUGUGCUGGGCUACCGGUACCGAGUCAAUGUGCUGGGCUACCGGUACCGAGUCAAUGUGCGGGGCUACCGGUACCGAGUCAAUGUGCGGGGCUACCGGUACCGAGUCAAUGUGCGGGGCUACCGGUACCGAGUCAAUGUGCGGGGCUACCGGUACCGAGUCAAUGUGCGGGGGUACAGGUCCGAGUCAAUGUGCGGAGGCUACGUACCUGAGUCAAUGUCUGGCUACCGGUUUCCGAGUUCAAUCUGCGUGAUGCUACCGGUACCAGUCAGUCAGGGAUAACCGGUCGAGUAUAAUGUGCGGGACAGUACCGAGUCAUGUUCGGGGCUAACCGGUACCGAGUCAAUGUGCGGGCACCGGUUAACCGAGUCAUGUCGGGGGUAACAGGUACGAGUCAAGUGCGGGGUACAGGUACCGAUCAAUGGCGGGUACGUACCAGAGUCAUGUGGCUACCGUACAGAGUCAAUGUCGGGGUACACAGCAGCAUGUUAUAAACACGAGCAGAUGUUAUGAACUACAGCGCUGUUAUAACACAGCAGCAUGUUAUAAACAGACUGUUUACAAGCAGCAUGUUAUAAACACAGCAGCAUGUUAAACCACAGCAGCAUGUUAUAACACAGCAGCAUGUUAUAACCACAGCACAUGUUAUAACCACAGCAGCAUGUUAUAAACACGCAGCAUGUUAUAAACACAGCAGCAUGUUAUAACCACAGCAUGUUACCGGCAUGUUAUAAACACAGCAGCAUGUUAUAAACACAGCAGCAUGUUAUAACCACAGCAGCAUGUUAUAAACACAGCAGCAUGUUAUAAACCACAGCAGCAUGUUAUACACAGCACAUUUAACACAGCAGCAUGUUAUAACCACAGCAGCAUGUUAUAAACACAGCAGCAUGUUAUAAACACAGCAGCAUGUUAUAAACACAGCAGCAUGUUAUAACCACAGCAGCAUGUUAUAACCACAGCAGCAUGUUAUAACACAGCAGCAUGUUAUAACACAGCAGCAUGUUAUAACACAGCAGCAUGUUAUAACACAGCAGCAUGUUAUACACAGCAGCAUGUUAUAACACAGCAGCAUGUUAUAAACACAGCAGCAUGUUAUAAACACAGCAGCAUGUUAUAAACACAGCAGCAUGUUAUAAACACAGCAGCAUGUUAUAAACACAGCAGCAUGUUAUAAACACAGCAGCAUGUUAUAACCACAGCAGCAUGUUCUAAACACAGCAGCAUGUUAUAACACAGCAGCAUGUUAUAACCACAGCAGCAUGUUAUAAACACAGCAGCAUGUUUAAACACAGCAGCAUGUUAUAAACACAGCAGCAUGUUAUAACCACAGCAGCAUGUUAUAACCACAGCAGCAUGUUAUAAACACAGCAGCAUGUUAUAAACACAGCAGCAUGUUAUAAACACAGCAGCAUGUUAUAAACACAGCAGCAUGUUAUAAACACAGCAGCAUGUUAUAAACACAGCAGCAUGUUAUAAACACAGCAGCAUGUUAUAACCACAGCAGCAUGUUAUAAACACAGCAGCAUGUUAUAACCACAGCAGCAUGUUAUAACACACAGCAGCAUGUUUAUAACACACAGCAGCAUGUUAUAAACACAGCAGCAUGUUAUAACACAGCAGCAUGUUAUAAACACACAUGACGCAGCAUGUUAUAACACAGCAGCAUGUUAUAACACAGCAGCAUGUUAUAAACACAGCAGCAUGUUAUAACCACAGCAUGUAACCAUGUUAUAAACAGCAGCAUGUUAUAACACAGCAGCAUGUUAUAAACACACUAAGCAGCAUGUUAUAACACAGCAGCAUGUUAUAAACACAGCAGCAUGUUUAAACCACAAGCAGCAUGUUUAUACCAACAGCCCAUGUUAUAACAAGCAUGAACAGCACAUGUUAUAAACCACAGCAGCAUGUUAUAAACACAGCAGCAUGUUAUAACACAGCAGCAUGUUAUAACACAGCAGCAUGUUAAAACGAAAACAGCAGCAUGUUAUAACCACAGCAGCAUGUUAUAAACACAGCAGCGAAAUGUUAUAAACACAGCAGCAUGUUAUAACCAGCAGCAUGUUAUAAACACAGCAGCAGCACUGUUAUAAACACAGCAGCAUGUUAUAAACACAGCAGCAUGUUAUAAACACAGCAGCAUGUUAUAACACAGCAGCAUGUUAUAACACAGCAGCAUGUUAUAAACACAGCAGCAUGUUAUAAACACAGCAGCAUGUUAUAAACACAGCAGCAUGUUAUAACCACAGCAGCAUGUUUAUAACACAGCAGCAUGUUAUAAACACAGCAGCAUGUUAUAAACACAGCAGCAUGUUAUAACCACAGCAGCAUGUUAAAAACCACAGCAGCAUGUUAUAAACACAGCAGCAUGUUUACACACAGCAGCAUGUUAUAACCACAGCAGCAUGUUAUAACCACAGCAGCAUGUUAUAAACACAGCAGCAUGUUAUAACACAGCAGCAUGUUAUAAACACAGCAGCAUGUUAUAAACACAGCAGCAUGUUAUAACCACAGCAGCAUGUUAUAAACACAGCAGCAUGUUAUAACCACAGCAGCAUGUUAUAAACACAGCAGCAUGUUAUAAACACAGCAGCAUGUUAUAAACACAGCAGCAUGUUAUAACCACAGCAGCAUGUUAUAAACACAGCAGCAUGUUAUAACACAGCAGCAUGUUAUAAACACAGCAGCAUGUUCUGCACACAGCAGCAUGUUAUAAACACAGCAGCAUGUUAUAAACACAGCAGCAUGUUAUAACACAGCAGCAUGUUAUAAACACAGCAGCAUGUUCAUGCACACAGCAGCAUGUUCUGACACAGCAGCAUGUUAUAACACACAGCAGCAUGUUAUAAACACAGCAGCAUGUUAUAACACAGCAGCAUGUUAUAAACACAGCAGCAUGUUCUGCACACAGCAGCAUGUUCUGCACACAGCAGCAUGUUAUAAACACAGCAGCAUGUUAUAAACACAGCAGCAUGUUAUGAACACAGCAGCAUGUUCUGCACACAGCAGCAUGUUAUAAACACAGCAGCAUGUUAUAACCACAGCAGCAUGUUAUAAACACAGCAGCAUGUUAUAACCACAGCAGCAUGUUAUAAACACAGCACAUGUUAUAAACACAGCAGCAUGUUAUAAACACAGCAGCAUGUUAUAAACACAGCAGCAUGUUAUAAACACAGCAGCAUGUUAUAACCACAGCAGCAUGUUAUAAACACAGCAGCAUGUUAUAAACACAGCAGCAUGUUAUAACCACAGCAGCAUGUUAUAACCACAGCAGCAUGUUAUAACCACAGCAGCAUGUUAUAACCACAGCAGCAUGUUAUAAACACAGCAGCAUGUUAUAACCACAGCUGAAUGUUAUAAACACAGCAGCAUGUUAUAACCACAGCAGCCUGUUAUAAACACAGCAGCAUGUCUUGGAUGGAAGGAGUUGAGAUUUGAUGUAGAAAAGACUAGUCUGGUUUCUAAGCCGGAUAAGACAUCAGAAUGAAUUUAAAGCAACAAUCAGCCGUUGAAACAAUAACAGUGAUGGGGGAUGACAGUUGCACUAUGCUCAUUAGGCAUGCAGAAGUUAUAUUCUUCAAGAAUCAAUGGGUACAUAUCAUUAACUCCAAAAAUGGGUGUAGCAACUGUAGAUUGCCCCUUUGAUGCACGGCAGGAUCUUUAUCAAAUGUCAACUGCAUCAAUUGAAGAGGUGCUGUGAUACAACACUUCAUUAAAAACCUUUUGUGUCAACAGAUACAUUUUCUUGGAAAGUCUGGAGGCUUUUCCUUAAAAUAAACUGUCUGGAGGGUCAUAGGGAAACUGCUGUACAAUUCCCUGGCAAAAAAAUGAUAAAUGGACAGGCGCAAAUGGCAAGUAAGCCCUGAAAAGCAUGGUGCUGAAAGAGGCCAUUUUAGGUUUUAAAUGCAUAUUUACAAGUAGAUUUAAACACAAAUGUUAUCCAAUAUAAUUAGGGGUGCAAGCAGCGAAGCUGUUGAGACCCUGUUGUAUUUGUUGGUGUUGGUUAUUAGGGGUUCAAGCAGCGAAGCUGGUGAAACCCUAUUGUAUUUGUUGGUGUUGGUUAUUAGGGGUUGAUGCUGGUGAAACCCUGUUGUAUUGGUUGACAUUGGUUAUUAGGGGUUCAAGCAGCGACGCUGUCAGAGCGGCAUGGAGUGGCAUGGACUAAUAUAUACCAUACGAAACGUAACAUAUCAUACUAAAUGGAGGGAGACAGAUUUACAUUUACUAUGUUACGUCUUUCACCUGAGUCCAGGUUGCUUUAUUAUGAAGAACCUAUAUCCCAUUGUCUGGCUUUCCGAUAGGCUAACUAUGCACAACAGACAAGCAAGCACUCAGUCAUGACUAACGUUCCAACAUGGCAUUAUAUUCAGCUGCUGAGCUGUUGUUCUGUUUUGCCCACUGCCUCUUCUCUCUCCUAUCACCCUCCAUCCCACUCUCCUCUCCUCCCCCAUCAGGACUUCAUAUCAUGGCAGAACAUCUGUCCCAGAGCGAACUGGACUACCCCUUUAAACUGCUGGAGUAUUUCAAUGGAUUCAGAGUCUCAAAGGUUGGAGUUUAUCAUAUUUAUUUAUCAUGUAGACUGACAUCCCCUGACCUAUGGUACAAAGCCACAGGAAAUAUUUACAACAUAAUGUACAGAUAUGUAGAUUAGAUCUGACAAAAUGACAUUAUGAAAUAAAUCAAGGCCCCUCUCUUUGGCCAAUCAUGUUAACACCAAAAGAUGCUGUCAGACUCCUCUGACCCCUGACCUUUGCCCCUCCCAUCAGGUUAUCUUCUCAGCCUGUGAGUUGGGGGUGUUUGACCUCCUGCUACUGUCCCAGAAGCCCCUGUCUGCAGAGCGCGUUGCCCAGGAGCUGGGCGCCAGUGUGGACGGGAUAGAACGCCUUCUGGACGUACUGGUGGGAGUCAACAUCCUGGAG